GAGAUAGCUCCCCGCAUUUCAAACUCCCCCUCCAUUUCCAUCCAUCAAUCUUCAACGCAUCAACCUCCUUCACCCUUUCUCUCUUAAAACAUACCCAACAUGCCCAAGUCAACAACAAAGACCCGGCUCCUUCUCCUCUCAGACACCCACACCACACCCCCUGCACCUCCCCACGGCCCCAAUGCCUCCAACACACCCUACAGGCACCCGCUUCCCUCAGCCCAAAUCCUGCUCCACGCAGGCGACAUCACCAAAGUCGGCCUCGCCUCCGAACACAAAUCCAUGCUCGAGCUCCUAAAAUCACACCCCGCCGAGCUGAAAAUCGUCAUCGCCGGUAACCACGACAUCACACUCGACGAGGGCUACUACAACCGGGUCGGAUGGCUGCGACAUCGCUACCGCCAAUCAAAUGGGAAAGACCAUUUAGCUGCCUUGCCUUCAGCUACCAGUACCAGUACAUCAGAAUCCUCAGAGUCGAAAUCAGCACUAGAGUCCCCCGCACAGAUAAAAGCCCUCUACACCAGCCCCGAAGUCACAUCCGCAGGCAUAGUAUACAUGGAAGAGGAAAUUCGCACCUUCGUCUUGCCGUCCACGGGGGCAAAGUUCACCGUCUACGCGAACCCCUACACGCCCGAGUUCUGCGCGUGGGCAUUUGCGUACCCCCGCAGCGAAGACCGGUUUAACUACGGGCAGGGCGCGAAAACGCCUGUCCCGGACUACCCCGGGGCGGAUAUCUUGAUCACGCAUGGUCCGCCGUACGGGGUUCUGGACCAGGUUGUUGGGAGUGGACAGAGUGUAGGGUGUGAGCAUCUGUUUCGGGCUGUGAGAAGGGCGAGGCCGGCGCUACAUGUGUUUGGGCAUAUCCAUGAGGGAUAUGGGGCGCGAAGGGUUGAGUGGGAGGGAUCAGGCUCGGAUUUGCCUGUGGAUUCGAAUAGAACUGGGAUCAAGAGGGCAGAGGAGGUAUCUUGGGACCGGGAGGAUGUGAUGGAGGAGCGGGGUGCGUAUGUGGAUCUUAGUUCUGGGUCUGGCACCCCAUUGCGACGUGGUGAGGAGACGUUGUUUGUUAAUGCGAGUGUUGUAACAGUUGAUUAUAAGGGACUUAAUGCGCCUUGGGUGGUUGAUUUAGAUUUGGAGGUUGAUGCGAUGAGCGAGUGAGGUAUCUAUAAUAUAUAAUCUGCAAUCUGCAAGACUUUAUAGAAUUAAAAUUAUUUAAUGGCUAGCUAGAAUAGAACGGCUCAACUGCCGCGAUAAAGUAAAGGCCAAUGUUUUGUCUAUUUUUGAUAAAUAUAUAUUUUGUUAGGGGCUAAAUAGAUUUUCGGAAAACGCGAAGCCAACAAGCCCAUGUGAUAUAAAUACUAAA